AGCAUGGGCUGUGCAGGACCCCUUCUCUCGCCAUAUAUGCCCUACAUGCAUGCGAAUGUCAGAGUGCCGAAGCCAUUAUCUUGACCCUGUUUAUCCAACUACUCAACAGCCGAGGCUGAGCUGUCCAAGCCGCAGGACAGGAAUGGUGUCAUCGUCUUCCUGAAAUGGUCCGUGGGUUCGAAACAUUGAAAGCAAAUGUGAAUGAUGCCGUGCUUGAUUAGCAAAGAAGCCGAACAAAUCGAAAGGGACGAAAUCAAACAUGAUGUUUGUUCUAAAUCCUUCUCGUUCGCAUCAUCUUCAUCUGCAAAUCGAGCACGUUUUGAAAAAGAAGGGGACGUAUUCAACUAUCCCGUUGCUACGGUGCGAACUCGAUUGCGUCAGUAUUGGAAGGAGUAUCCUGGACCGAGUAGGGAACCGAAGGCUCGCAAUGUUCACUACGCCUUCGAGCCCUUCAAAGGCAUUAUCAGCCGAUGUGGAGUCAAAGUCGCAAUGGGUCCAUUGUCAGCGCUUACUUUUUCAUACAGGUUUUUUAAAUCAAAACAGUUAUACUGGUGACUAAGCCCACUUUGUAUACGCCUUCGAUUCUCAUUUUUCAUUGCCUUGUAUAUCCAAAAUGCUCAUGUAGUUUGCACUUACAUCGCCAAAUUGUUUUCGCAUGGUCAUCUUGAUUUGGUGCAAUAUUCUAUUGAAGUUCUUCCCAAAGCGCUGUCCAAUGUCGGCAUCAACUAUUGAAGUAGGCAUUGUUUCUGCAUGUUCUGAUACAAAUUGUGCAAGUUCUUAGCCCUUUUGCUUUAAUAAUGCAUCUUUAUAUCAUCUCGUCUUUUUGUUAGUGAAAGUGUUUCUGUCUGAAUCGUUUCGAGCUGUGUAUUCUCCCCCCAAUAUUGAUUAUGAC